AUGGUUCCUCAGAUCCUCGACGCCCUCCUAGCACCCCUUCCUGCACGCACCCUCGCGACCGCUGCUCUCGUCUCACGCCGCUUUCACGAAGCAGCCUCAGCCUGCCUCCGCGUCCGUCUCCUGCAGACCGCCGCCCUCGGCACCCGCGAGCUCGUUCUCGAAUGCCACGCCCCGAGCGAGCGACGCGCCCCCAGCACGUCCUGCCGAUCGUCCGGCAUGGGGCCGCUCGUCGGCGACGCCAGGCUCGGCGGCUGGUACUCACGUUUCGGCUUCGAGGAGACGCCCGAGAGGGAAGUCCUCCUCGAUGAAGACGAGCUGUUCGCGCAGCUCUGCGUCGGCGUCAGUGUCGUGCAGCGGGGCCCCGCACGGGGCCUGUUCAUGAGCUACACCGGCGUCGGCGACGGCGUGCUGAGGGUUUGGCGCACGUGGCUGAGCGAUGCUGCUGCAGGCAGAGGGGACGUUUUAUGGGCUGAUCCUUGGAAGAGCGUCGGCUUGCGGUUCGCUGUUGAGCCGAUGGUGCUGCAGGAGCCUGUCGGGGCGCUUCCGAGACGGCGGCCGGUUAGCGACGAGCCGGCCGUCAAGUACCGACUGCGACUUGAGGAAUUGCUUGUCCGGACCACGCAGGUGUUGUUGGCGCUGGACAAGGCGACGGCGCAAGACGGCGCACAAACAGCAGGUCUUCAUCUGAAGGCCGCAGGUGGAUGCAGUGUGCCUGUUCAGAUGGUCUGCCUUCCAUUUCAGGAGCAGAAGCCAUUACAGCGACCUCCAAUGGCGGCCGUGUAACGACAUCUUUCAUGAAGCGUGCGCGUUCUAUCUUUCAAUGUAAUUCGGGUUAUGGGGAUUGGAAUACAGGAAGUUGAGAUCGCCGGAAAGACGACAGGAAGAAAUAUCAUAGAGACAGGAUACAAAGACAUCUCCUUGAGCUUUUUACACUUUACUAUCACAUUUGAGAUAGAUAGAACUAUUUGACUUU